UUGGCAGUUGAGUUGUUGACAAUUGUUGAGCGAAAUUUGUUUACCAAAGCUAAAAUUUAAAAACCAAUUUUCGAGAAUUCAACGCAAAAAACUUUUGGAGGAUCUCGUUUCAGGAUGCCUCUAACUGCAGAGCAAGCAAUGCUGCAGGUGCAGGAUCGCCUCCGCUCACUGAAAUCGCUGGUUUAUGAGAUCGAAACCGAGCGCAAGCGGAACGAACCCAACAUAGUGAAGGCAAUCCAGCUGACCAAGGCGUCCGGCGAGGACAAAUCCCCCGCGUUGACCCAUAAACUAAAGGCGCACUACAAGGUCGGAAUUCAGGACGCCAUCCAGGAGGAGGCGCUAAUUCGUCAGGCACUUGCCAAGAUUCAGGACAUUCGCAACAUCCGGAACGAGCGCCGCAUUCAGGCGCGAAAUGCCGGCAACAAGGAGACCAUCCGGCGUGGAGCUCUCAUGAAGAUGCUACAGAUUUCAGCCCAAACGUUGCCGCUUUUUGUGAGCAAAGUGGGCGAGAAGAUACCUCCGCUGUGCGGCAGCAUUCCGGCCGACAACAACUACGUGGCCAAACCCGGAGACAUGGUGGCGGCCCUUGUCAAGGGCGUUGAAAACGAGGAAAACUGGAUCCUGGCCGAAGUCGUGCAGUAUCUGGCGAACGCCAGCAAGUACGAGGUGGACGACAUUGACGAAGAGCAAAAAGAUCGUCACAUUCUCAGCAAACGGCGGAUUGUUCCGUUGCCGCUGAUGCGUGCGAACCCGGAAACGGACGGCCAGGCACUGUUUCCCAAGGGGACCACCGUAAUGGCGCUCUACCCGCAGACCACCUGCUUCUACAAGGCCGUCAUCAACUCCCAGCCCCAAACGGCCAACGAAGAGUACGAGGUGCUGUUCGAGGAUCCGACCUACGCGGACGGCUACUCUCCGCCGCUGUUCGUUGCCCAGCGGUACGUGAUUGCCAUCAAGCAGAACAAGAAGGUAUCCGGAAGCUCCUGACAGCAGUCGUCCGCGCAAACCUCGACUUCGGCGGCAAAUGCUUCUUCUUCUACUUUGGGCGGGAACGAAAGAAUGUCCUCCGUUGGAAAGGAAGAAAGCCUGAUGGACACGUUUAUGAUGGAUGGCCAAUUUUAAAACACUUCGAAUAUUGCUAUCAGUAUGCAUAACUAAAUUAUUGUAAACUCUUGUCUGAAAUAAACGUAAUUUACUCACAA